AUGUCUUCUGCUUAUCUGAGGCACGCGCCUCCUUCUCCUCCAGAAAUUGCCUCUGCUGCUGUGGUUCAAGUAUAUGCUUUACAAGCCGGUCAUUUCUCGCUUCCUGAGCGGUUUUUUGUCCACCCUGCAUCCAACACGGCUCGACGAACCGUCCCAUCACUAUCUUUUCUUAUUGUUCACAGAGAUCAAGCUACAAACCGAACAACAAGGAUUGUCUUCGAUUUAGGCCUGCGCAGAGAUGCGAAUCGUUACCCUGAACCCAUCCAGAAGCAUAUCGAGACCAGACAACCUUUGACAACCUUGCCAGAUGUGACAGAGAGCCUUGCUGCAGGCGGGUUGUCACCAAAAGAUAUAGACUAUGUUAUUUACUCCCAUGUUCAUUGGGACCAUGUUGGCGAGCCCAGAGAUUUCCCAUCAAGUAAAUUUGUGAUUGGACAUGGCGCUUUAGGCUUACUGCAUGGCCGUGGUGCCUAUUUGCGAGGGAGUCACUCGUUUUUUGAAGCCGACCUUUUGCCACCGGAGCGGACAAUACAGCUAUCCAAUCCAUAUGAAACGACGGAGGAAGAAAUCGGCACACACAAGGCGUUGGCAGAUGGGCCCAACUUCCAUCAAGAUUGGACAUCGUACAACAACCUCCCCCGAGUACUCGAUAUCUUCCAUGAUGGCAGUCUAUACAUCGUGGAUGCUCCUGGGCAUUUACCUGGACAUAUCAAUUUGCUAGCAAGGACUGGUCCUUUGAGUACUGUGUAUUUGGCAGGAGAUGCAUGUCACGACCGAAGAAUUAUGCGCAAUGAGCGCCAAAUAGGGGAGUGGCUCGACAACGAAGGGCAUAUCUGCUGCAUACAUGCAGAUAAACACUUAGCACAGCAGACCAUUGAACGAAUCCGGGAGUUGGAAUCAAGGGGGACCGAGGUAAUCUUUGCGCAUGACCAUGAAUGGGAAGGUGAUUCAAGAAACAAAUCACGCUUCUUUGGGGAGGCAAAGCUUUGA